AUGGCAUUUCAGCCUACGUCGGCGGAUAUCUCCGUCUUAAUCACCAGUCCGGCUGCGGUCAAGUCUGCAAAUGGAGAGCCCGGCUUCGUGACCGAGCGCCGCGUGACCCCCACGUGGACCGUGAUGCAGCUCAAGGGGAAGCUCGAGACCAUGACGGGUGUCCCGCCGGGCAGCCAACGCCUUCGCGUCAAGGUGCCCGGUCGACCAGAUCAGUGGGCAGACUCCGAUGACCAGCUCAUCGGGGACUACGGACUCGCCAAGGGUUCCGAGAUCGAGGUUCACGACUCCCGUCCGCAGGCGAUGCGACCCAACUUUACCGACUUGUCAUCGGUUGAGAAGUAUGAACUGCCCACCGAUACUUACGAGUCGCUUCCGGACUCUGUCCUGGCCUGGAAGAAGAACCAGAAGCUGGGCCGCUUCGACCCUAACGCCCUCUCGCCUGAAGACGCCCUGCGGAAGCAGGUCCAGAAAGACCGGGGAGAGAUUGCCUCCAAAGGUAUCGCUGUGUCUAAACGGGCCAUCAUUCUGCCCUCGUCUCCACCGCAUAUCCGGCGAGGCAUUGUUCGCUUUGUUGGGCCCGUGCCGACGAUUCCCACCCCCGGCACGAGCCGUGAGCUUGAGCAGGAUGGGCAGCUUCCCCAAGACCUGCAGCCCAUUUGGGUCGGUAUCGAGCUGGAUGAACCCACAGGAAAGAAUGACGGUAGCGUGGGUGGCCUGCGCUACUUCGAGUGCCUCGAAAAGCGAGGUGCGUUUGUGAAGCCCGAGAAGGUGGAGGUUGGAGACUUCCCGCCUCUGGAUGACGACUUGGAUGAGCUUAUGGAGGAGAUAUGA